UUUGUGGGCAAAUCUUGGAUGCUUCCACAGGGUGCUCACCUACUCAAUUGUCCAUGAUCGUGUCCCGCUGAGCACGCGAGUUUCACUCAACAGCUCCAUUUGCAAACCUACAAAUCGGAGCAACUCCCAAGCUAGCCAGCCAUAACCCGGACCCAACCGAGAAGGAGAGCUGCGAGAUGGAUGGCUACUGCAACCUCGCCUCGUCCCCUCCAACGGCGAACGGCGCCAGGGCGAGGCCGUCGCUGGAGCUGACCAACACCAAGGAGACCAAGGCGUGGGAAGGGCUGGCCAUCGGGGCUGUGACGCUGGCCAGGACCUUCUCCACCGGCUCCCACCGGUUCUGCAGGUCCGGCAGCCAGAGGAGCAGGAGCGGCGGCCUGCCGAGCGCGCUGAGGAGGGCCUUCUCCAUGCGGCGGCACCCGGCGGGCCCCAGCGCCGGGGACGGGUACUGGAGGAUCCACGACAUGGAUGGGGACAUCGAUUGCAAUGCUGUCGAGGAGCAUGGCGAGGAGGAGGCGGAAGAGAAGGAGGAGCGGGAAGAAGGGGCACCGGCUGCGGCAGAGGCGGAGGCCAAGGGUGGGAGGAAGAAGAAGAUGGGUGGCAUGUUGAAGGCGUGCAAGAAGCUUUUCUGGUUGUAA